UCUACCUUUUUUUUUUCUCUUUUCUUUUUCCUUCGCCUGAACUGAGUUUUGCAUCGUUUGCCAAUGGACGAAACCCUAGCCGACGAAUCCGCCGCCGGCGGCGGCGAGGCAGCCGCGGCGGAGCCAGCGCAGGAAUCGCAGCAAGAGACGCUCGAGGAGGUGCUCUCGAGGCAUAGGAAAGAGAAAUCCAAACUCCAGGAUAAGGAAACAAGCCUCAAGAAAGCAGCCGCUAAAGGCAGCAAAGCUGAGCAGAAGGCCAAGAAGAAGCAGGUAGAGGAGGAGAUUUCACGCCUCUCAGCUGAGUUAGAGGCGAAACAUGCCGCAGAGCUCGCUACUUUUGGGUACAAAUCCUCAGGCAGCUCAGAAAAGGGGAACAUGGACACCUUAGUAAAGGCUAUAGCUGGUGUUUCUGUGACCAGCAACGCGGAUUCCGCGAAGCCUAGCAAGGGUGCACGGCGUCGAGAGAAGAAGGCAAAGGAAGAGGCCGCUAGAGAGCAGCGGAUUCAAGAAGAGCAAAACAAUCUUGUCAGUGACCGCAUGAUAGAAAAUGAAAAGCUUGAGAAGAAGCUUGAGCCCAUGGGACUGACCAUUCAGGAGAUAAAGCCAGAUGGCCACUGCCUGUACCGUGCUGUUGAGAACCAGCUGUCACUCUAUUCCAGAGAAACCACACAAUACAAUUACCAGGAGCUGCGGCAAAUGACUGCCAAUUAUAUGAAAGAGCAUGCGGCAGAUUUUCUCCCAUUUUUCCUAUCAGAGGGCAAGGUCGAGUCUGGACCAGAUCCCUUGGAGAGCUUCAAGAGGUACUGUGAGGAGGUUGAGUCAACUGCUGCUUGGGGUGGGCAACUUGAGCUUGGUGCUCUAACCCACUGCCUGAAGAAGCGCAUUGUUGUAUACUCGGGCUCAUUUCCAGAUGUGGAAAUGGGCAAAGAAUACAAAUUGGAUUCAGGUGGUAAAGAUGGCCCUAGCAUUAGGUUGUCCUAUCACAGACAUGCCUAUGGUCUUGGUGAGCACUACAACUCGGUGGUUCCUGCUUAGUUAUCUAAAAGGGGAAAAAAAGAAAUUUAACAGUCUUGGUCUCAGUAUGAUAUGUUUUCCAGUCAUCCAGUGAUAACCGUCUCUUAACACAAUGGAUGACUUGCUUACAGCUGCUGUUGUGUUUCCAUCUUCUCGUCAAUCAAUGAUGGUCGAGUCCUUGAGUGUACCAAAGUUUUACCUGGGAAUUUACUUCCCAAACAGUUUUGCUUGUAAAACUGAAGUAUGUCUCAUUAUCUUAGUUUCCUGUUGAGGCUGUUUUACCACCUACUAAUUUCAUCGAGCUAUAAUUUGUUACUGCAAUUCUCUGCAUGGAUUUCUCUUAUACUCC